GUUAGUGGCUCGUGGCGGUGACAAGACCAGCUUGGAAUGAUGAUUUUGUUGUGGCAGCAACACAAACAGAAUCGGUGAUGGUGAUUGCGGAAGAAGACCACGUGCCACCAAGAAGAAAGCGGCGUGAAGAGCGCGCAAAGUGUGAGAGCCACGAGAAAUCUCGAAUGGCAGCUGGUAGAACGGCGGUUCAAGGCUCGAUGACCGGUGACCGGGUGUCCUGCUGCCAUGCGGACCUGGUCGGAGAUCCCGCUCGUGGCUGAACUCUCUUGCAUCCCAGCGGCCUGCUGUUAUAGCGGACUGGUGCAAUGUUUCCUGUUGGGCACCGGGCUGCAUGAGCUGCCUGUCUGCCGACCGAGCCCGACGUUCUAGCGGCCGAGGGGUUACAUGCCAGGCGUUACGGACCAGCUGCAGCAGUGGCCGGUGUUCUACCGGCCUGCUGUUCGCCUGCUUUCACGUCACGAUGAGUGCAACGUUAUGCUGAUGGCGUAAGACGUAGCCGUCGUAAGCAACACACCAGCUGUCUUCAAGUGUCAGACGACGCAGCGACGCACUACGCAACCACAACCGUCAUGAUCACCCAACGAGGACGCGCACCGGUGGAAAGCGCUUUCCGUAAUCUUUCGGUAAACAUACGCAUCACGUUUGAAGGGAUAUCUCAGAAUAACAAUCUGUCAGUACCGUUAGAGGAAUCGAACGGAAAGCUGCUUGAUCGCCAAAGGACACUGCAAAAAGUCAAAGACUACGGCAAACCUCUAGCUGACAAAAAUAGGAAAAUCUACUACUUGUUUGUUUCGCACCCUUUGGGUGGCAACACCUCUCGGUCCUACAGCAUUGAUGCUGACACAGUGGUGUCAACCAAUGGAACGUUUUGCACCAACGAAUCAAAUGCAGCGGUAGUGAGGCAUUCGUUUAACAACAGCAAUUUUUAUUGGAGAGCGGCGAAAUCAACGGCUUAUAUACUUGGAGCCAAACCUAUCUCUUUUUUUGUAUCGCUUAAGCCAGAGGACCUCACCGAAGUGAACAACACAAUCUCACACUGCCUAAAAAGCCAUCCAGAAGAAAACCAAGCACCUGGAUAUCAAUAUGUCACGGAGAAACACACAGAAGUUGAAGAUGGAGCUGGUACAGUUGAGGCAUGCUAACAGCAGUGUAAUAAGAAUUCGUGGAACAUGGUUUUUGCCUAAAAUAAAAGGAAAUAAAUAAAUUUUAUUUAACAAUUGGGAAA